CGCUUCCUAAGGACAAACACAUAUCAAGGGCCUCCUUUCAGUCCUGUGAGGCCCAGGGACAAUAUUUCUUAUUUCCCAUCUGGCAGGACAAUCCCGCCCACCGUCAUCUCAUAGCUCUAUAUAAGACAGUAAAAGGGCCCGGUGAUAAGACGCUGCUCUCAAGAUGCGGUGUAAAGUCCUCGUCUAUGUCGGCCUCCUGGCCCUUGUAAAGCAUGGGUCUCCCAGUGAAAUUCAGGCCAGCCCAAAUACAAAUGCAACCCUUCCCUGCAAUGUGACGUUCCCUGUCUCCGUGAACCAGUCUCUCAUCACUGUCAGCUGGAUCAGUAACGGCUCUGCUGUCGCCUCAUUCGGAAACAAGGCAACACAAAUAAAGGAAGGCUUCAUCUGGGACCCCAGUGAUUUCAUCAGUGGAGACUUUUCACUGACCAUCCUCACAGCUACUCUCGCUUUGCAGGGGGUGUAUGAAUGCACAGUCAGCCACAACUCCACGGUCCUGCACUCCAGCAACGUUACAUUUAGUAUCAUCGCUUCCCCCACUCUCUCAAUCCCUCAGCAGUGGGUGGUGUUAGAGACAGAGAUCCAGUUCAAAUGCAACGCAGAUGGUUUCUACCCUCCCCCUGUCUCUUUCUCCUGGACCAGAGACGGGCAGGUGAUUGAACGUCCUCACCAGGUUCGAGGUGAACAGACUCCAGACGGUUUCUACACGGCUGUGGGCAACUUGACCAUCUUCCCUUCCCGUGAGGACCAGAAUGUGACCUUUGGCUGCAAAGUGUCACACAAUGGAGACAAUCAAGAGCUGGAUUUCCAACUCAACAUCACAUAUCCCCCAUCUGUGCGACUUUCUGCGGUGCAAUCGCACUCCAACAACAUUCCUCUCACUCUCUACUGUGACCUGGAGAGUUUCUACCCUGAGGAAAUUUCGGUGUCCUGGAUUCAAAAUGGCACAAGUCUCCCUAAGCCCCCGGCCACUGAGCAAAACCCAGACGGGACCUACAGCACCAGACACUAUUAUACUUUGAGCCCCGAGCAGAGGGAGCAAGGUGGGAGGGUGGAGUGCGUGGUAAACCAACCUGGGGUAAUGCUCCCAGUCAGCGGAUCGGCAGACCUGGAGAAACUGGAUCCAGAAGAUGAGUCUCCGGUGUUGACGAAAUCAGCCAAAGCAUCUGUGGCUAUGAUGUGCAUUUCUAUAGUGCUGGUCUUCCUGCUCUGCUUCGGCUUUUCUUGGAGGAGAAGGGAUGAGAAGCAGAAGUCUCUCACCGUGUCAGGGAUCAUCCUCCCUCCACACGUGAUCAUAGGUCAAAAGGGCAGAGUGACAGUGAGCAUCGAAGGCAGGAGAGUGGACCGAGUCCAGACAGCCUGGUUCCUCAAUGAUACCCCUAUCUCUGACACCUCAUUCACAGGGAGUUCCAAAGCUAACUUCAACUGCCUCUAUAACCCCCUAACCACCAUUCAUCUGCCCUACGGUCUAACUCUCACCUCCCCAGCGUCAGAGAAAGGCCCCCUGCUUCCCUCCAGAGGACAGAUGGCCUACUACAAGCUGCACACUGAGGGGCCGCUGCAGUCCUCUGGAAGUGGCUCCCAACAGCUGAUCUCCGCGCUGACCUUCAUUCCACAGAUUUCAAUUCACAAGGCUGCGGUAUUCAAGUGUCAGGUCUCCUACAUUGGCAAGGACAAGAUCGUGGUGGAGAGGGUGUCCGAGAAGUUCACGAUCCUGUCUCCUCCUGAAGUAUCAGAAAUCCAGCUGGCGGAGACCCCAAAUGACUCGGAUGUCAUCAGCAUGACAGUACGGGCAUCACAUUUCCAUCCAGACGUCAUCACCUUCCGCUGGUUCUGUCAGGGGGGCGAGCUGAGCCCCGUGGCCUCCCAGGCCUCGUCCUCCCCGAGGCCCAAUUCUGAGGGCUUCUUUUCGGCCUACAGCCAGUGUAAGCUGCCGCAGAGUGAACUGGAAAAGGGAGGAACUAAAGUGUGGGUCAGUGUCCACCACAUCGCCCUGAAGCAGCCAGUCACCCGCGAAACCAGAGGCUUCAUGAAGAGGCCGUGUGUGUCCGAAAUCUUCAGCUCCACCUCUUCCCCAAAUCAGACUUCAACCUUGGGAUGUGAAAUCACUAAUUUCUACCCUCCGAACAUAUCAGUGACUUGGCUGAAGCUCAGAGAGGGAGAGCAAGACGACAGGGAGGAGGAGGUGAUCGACGGAGGAGAGCUGUGGGGCCCCCUACAGACUCAUCCCAGAAUCUACAGGGCCACAGCCACUCUGAGGAGGAGGGCAACAAGUCAGGAGAAGAAGGAGAAAAGAGGAGGGAUUAUGUGCAGAGUGGAUCACUGCUCCCUACAUGAGCCCAUUGAGAGGCACUGGAAAAAUGUUGACAUUGUUGCUCCCUCCAUUCCUCCAUCCUUCUCGGUGUGUUGGAGCAGUGAAGGGGUCGGCGUGUUCUCUCUCCUGUUGAAGGGAGGUCACCCUAAGGUCAAACUACUCUGGGCAGCAGGAGGACACACUCUCUCAUCGCUUGUGUCCAAUGAGACGGAGGAGAUCGGAGAUGACGGUCAGAGGGAGCUGAAGAGCGUGUGCGCCCUCGAGAGGUCGACGAGUCUGUCAAGUCAUACGAACAAACAGCUGGAGAGACAGAGGAACAAAUACGCAGUCACAGAAACAAAAGCUGCUGUUACAGACCCCAACGCCGAAGGGAUCGAAUACAUCGACGAAAAAGUGGACGGAGAGAAUAACAACAUUGACAGGGAUGAGGAGACGAAGUCGGAGGUGGACGAAGACAGCGACAAAGAAGCGCAGGAAGACUCGGGCGCGUUGCACAUCAACAGAAUCAGCCUGAGCAAAGGCCCCAGAGAGAACGAGCGAGCACGGAUGAGAGUGUGCGUGGAGAUCACACACCCUGCACUCAAGCUUCCUGUUUAUCGAACAUGGACAGAGCCAAAUGAAGAAAUGUCCUCCUCUGCAUGAAGGUCUGACGUCUGAGGAGUGCGUCUCUAUGUCACGCAAUAUAUAAUAUGUCUAAUAUACUGUACCUCUCUAUAGUGAAUACAAAGUAGUCAUGUCAACUUUAUUUAUUAGGAUCUGUUGUCACGCGUUUUUUCUUCCAACUCCAUGAUUUUUACAAAUGUUCAUAGUUUUGUACAAAGACUUUUACAAGAAUAAUCAACCUCUGGGAAUUUGUUUUUAUAUAUUUUCUAAAAAGAUUUGUGAACAGGCCAAGUUACUGUGGUCAAGCAGCUGUCUUUCUGUAACUGUGCUUCACUAACCACUGAAAUAAGUUCUCAUUUCAAAAUACACUUCUGGUUUUUUUUGUCCCCAACACUCUGACCACAGCAACUCGGCUGAAAUGACUAAUUAAGAUGUUUAGUUGAGAACUUCCCCUUGUCACAUUGCACAAACGGUUCAGCUACAGUCAUAUCUGUGCAAUGUCAAAGAGUUGAAACAAACAAUAGAUGCUGUAAACCCGUUUUUAUUCCUUGUAUAUGAAAGCAGGUUUUUGUAUUUUGUGUUCCAUAAAAUUCUAGCAGCUACCCGAUUCACUCGACUAUACAGAUUAACUUUACAGUGUCUU